GACUAUGGCCACACCGUUUUCACUGUCUUAAGUACCACCUCCUCGCGUAGCACGUCCAUACAUCCACACACACAAACGAAUAGCGUCAUCCUCAACCACAACAUGUCCUCUUCGAUAUGUCCACACUUCACGCAGAACGCGUGGAAGAAAGACCUCUGUUCUAACUGCUUUAAAUCCAAAGACGAGCACAAGCCCGGUAAUUCCACAUACACAUCUAAAUACUCUAGCGCCAUGGAUAGAACGAAGUUCGCCUCUAAUUUAAUGUCCAAAAACGAUUUGGACAGCAAAAAGACUGAUUACCCAAACAAAUAUAAAUCACCUGCAAAGAGCAUCAUGAAAAAAUCCUUUGCUUCGCUUAAAUCGAAAACCAGCAAAGGUAAAUCGCAUAAGGUAUCCUUUCCGAAAAAUAUCUCAGAAGUCAUCGGCAUCGGUGGCGAAUGGUCCGACAAUGAUUCCGAUGACGAUGAUGAUCAUGAUUUCAUGAAUAUCGGCAAUGAACGCGACGACAAUGCCGCCACCAGCACCGACGACGAGGAGACACUCGAGCUGAAGCGCAUCACUCGCGCCAACACCGACUUCAAUAUGAACAACGGCAACUUGCUGGGCGAUCCGCAGGAAAACAUUAAGCGUUCGUUUGCCGCGCUAAAGCUUGGUGCACCACAAGUCGACAAGGAGGGUAAAAAGCAAACGCUCAAGAUAAAUGUAAUGCCAUUUGGAGCCACAGCCACAACUGAUUCCGCCAAGACAGCGCCUUCGAUUACCGCCACAACAGUGAAGGCCAAAUUUGAGACGAAAGUAAAUGAACCAAGCGAACCGGCGGUGGUAAAGCACUGUGCGACGAUUGUUAAGUCAAUGAAGAAGCCAGCGACUGCAACAGCAUCGGCAUCGGCAUCGGCAUCGGCAUCUCCAACGACGACGACCGCAACAAAGAUAACAACUGCAGCUGCAGCAACAGCAACAGCAACAGCAACGAAAACAGUAACGUCUUACAUGGCUUCCAGCGCAAGCAGUUUGUUGAGCGGACAGGCGAAACAAGAAGCAUUGGCAUCGAGCGAUAGCGAUGGCAAGAAUAGUCCGCCCAUCGAACGGGCCAUGGAAAAAUCGCUGCUGGACGAAAUCUCCGAGACACUCGAAAAGAAGCAGAGCGAAUGCAAGAAACUGGCAAGCGAAAUGGAGGUGAGCACCAACACUGCGAACAACAGCAGCAGCAACAAUAGCACAAACAACAACACAAAUGGUAUAAGCACAGUAACGACAGCUACCACAACGUCGAAGAUUAAAUUCGAGAUUAGCAGCUUGAGCGAUACUAUGGAGAAUAAACCAUUUCCUGAGCUUAAGAAGCCGAUCGCACGCAAUCCACCUAUUACAAAGGAUCAUGCCAAACCCAAAAUAAGUGUCUUCCAUAAAUACUCGGACAGCGAUAGCAAUUGUUCGGACAACGAGAAUGGCAUCUCGGCGUACUACGAUGUUGUCGAAACGCAAAUAAGCUACGAGAAUCUGCCAGACGGCAAAUGUGAUUUACAAGAUAAACCAGCUGUGGCCAUUAUUGGAUCUACGACCACAGUGCCAGCAGCGGAGAAUAAGUGCAAUAAGAGUGCAACUAGCAACAAUGAUUCUUCCAUCUUCACCAGCUCCCAGUACAUAACGGACAUGCUGCUGUCGUCGAAGACGCGUGCUGCCUCGUAUAAUCUGCACGAAGGCAACUUUAUGACCAGCAAAAUAACAUCUGAUGGCAUAAUUGUGACCAAGUGUAGCUCGGACGACGCGCUCGACUCGACGGGCAGCAGUUUUGAUGGCAGCAGUGAUGAGGAAACCUCGUACAAUAUGAUUCGCAGCGAAUCGGACUCUGGCAUAGGCAUCAGCAUUGGCAAUGAAUACAAGAACUGCGGCGCCGAAAAAGAACGCGUGCGUGUUGAGAAGAAGCUGAGUGUUAGCACCAAUAACUCAGACUAUGAGGAUAUACAAGUGGCCAAUCAAACCAACACAACAAAACCAAAAGCUGCUACAGUGGCUACAGCGAAGACUGCAUUUAUUUUAGAUAAGAGCAGAGAAUUGCAUGGUGAGCCGGAUGGUAGCGCGGAUCCAGAUGGCAGUUUGGAAAACAAAGAGACAAAUACGACUCAGCAACAGUCACAGCCACAGCAGCAACCACAACCGCUGCCUGCAUUGCCUAAAUCGCCACCACCUACGAAAAUAAUUGAUGCGCGUCCCUCAUUUCUACAUGGACUGCAGAAACAGCAUCCGCCCAUUUUGUUGAAGAAACCUGACCUGCCAGCAAAACCGGUGGUGUCACCAACCUGUACGCCGCUCAAGGCAUUUGUUGGCAAACGUACUCCGACAAGUGCCGAGCAGCAGGUCAUCAAUCAAUUACACAUGGUCAUGUCAAAAUCUAACGAAAACCUGAACUUGAGCUCAGUGACGCCAGACGCAUUGAAAGAUGAUGCCAAGUUAAAGAAGGGCAGAGCGCCAAAUCCACCGCCCGAACAGAAAACGAGCGCACCACCAACACCCGAACGUGACUACAAUGUUGCACUAGAAUUUAAUCAGACACGCGGCUCAUCCAACGAUGUGCCAGUGGAAGAGACGAUUUCUAAAAAAGUCGCAAGCGCAGAACAACAGUCAGCGCCGUCGCCUUCCGCCCAAACUCAAAAAGAGUCCAAAUCAAAUAACGAUUGUAGCGUUGAUGUGAAAAAAAACAAAGAUCGCGCCGAAACUGAAAAGUCUGCCACCGCGAGUUGUCAGUCAUCCAGUGAACAAACACCUACAUCAGCUGCAAGCAAAACCACCACAGGCUGCCCCAUCAUCGCCGCAGCAGUAUCGAACCCAGCAGGCGUUUACACGCGCAGGGCAACACUGACUACAACGAACGCUACACACAACAAUAAUCCGAACAAUGCCAAAAACGCCUCUUCGCCGGUGAUACGGGAGAAGGAUAAACGUGAACGCGCCACUGUCAAUCCCAAGUUCCGCAGCCUCAAUACAUUCGUUACGCAACGCAGCAAUGCGCUAAAGAACAUGCAGCUACAAACGGCCACAUCAUCGCUUAGCCUCAAGCAGUCGCUCACACCAGAGCCAUUGCCAAAGAAUCACAAGAACCUGUCAUUAUCCGAGGAGUGUCUGACCGAUCUGACACACACAAAUACGACGGUGAAUCUGCCAACAUUGCCGCCGACAAGUGACAAAAAGUUGACGCCUCAGCAACAGCAACAGCAACAGCAACCGCAGCAAACGCCGCCACAAAAGACCAAAACGAAAUUUUCGAUCAAGAAAUUUUUGCGCAUGGGUGCCAGCAAAACGACAGACAAUCUGCACAAGAAGGACAGCAUUUACUCGGAGAUUUGUACGGGUGAGGAGGCGGGUGUCGUGGGUAAGCCACGCUUAGUGAUCAUCCAUCCGAUCGACAUUAAUCCGACAGCAGUGGAAGUGGUCAAAGACAUAACGAAGACCAAUGAUGCGGUAGCAGUCCAAACGGUGGCCGUGGUGACGGCUAAGCCACCGGCACCGCCACUGCGCAACAUAGACGCACAACGUUCGCACGAGCUAAACAAGCCGGCACGUCCGCCGCCACCAAAGAGUGCAGAACUGCGCCGGAAGCAGGCAAUCAUUGGACUGAAUGCCAUAUCGAUGACGGUGACAGAUGCACCCAACGGUCGGAAGGCUGGCGCAAUCACUGCGAGCGAGGCAGGUGGCUCUAUGAAAUGCAAGUCGGACAAUGUUUAUGCCAAUUUAGGCGAAAUUCGCUCAUCGAUUGCACCGCGCAAGCCCGAACGUACGGCUAGCAUGCGGGAGCGUGAAGCACAAUUGGAAUUGGCACGUAAACGACACGCCGGAGCACGUAGUGACAACGCCGAUACUAUCUCGAUUUGCUCGUCAAACGGUGAUAAUGUAUCGUUCGAACACAACAGCUCCAACACUAGCAACAACAACCACAAGCAUACUUCAACCAAUCCCAAUGGUGCAACCGCAAUCAAUACCGUCGUCAACAACAUUAACAACAGCAACAGCGGCAAGAGAAAUUCAAACGCAAACAAUUUACCCACAUUGAGUCCACAACUCUCACCGGCCGAUAGAGCUGUCACGCCCACAACGCCAGCGGGCGAUGGCAAACCACCGACCGGUAGCCGUACGAGUACCUUUGAACGUCGCAAAAGUGACCCAAAAAUUGCUAUCGCCAAUAAAUUGGAAAUUUUUGAAAAUCGCGCAGCCAACAAUGCACUGAGUAACAACACAACAGCAAUGAAUGGUGGUGCCGCUGCCUCACUCAACCAGCACAAUGAAGGGCGCCCAACCAGCUUGAAGGAUUCGGUACGUAAAAUUAACAGUACAAUCGACAGCUACUUGAAGGACAAGCGCGACUAUGAGAAUAUGUAUGAAAUGGUCAAGAGUCCAUCUUCGCCACCGUUGCCGCCGACGCGCUCCGUCGAUUUGUCGCCCGGCCAACGUUUGUUGCCGCCACGUCGGAACAAUAACAACAAUAGCAACCUGUACUCAGACACAAUGUCGGUGGCGAGCUAUACACGCAGCGAAUAUGGCCCCGGCCGUAACUUUGGGUUGAACAACAGUUUAGCCAACAUUCCACGCAUUAUUUCAGCUUCAUAUUGUGGCAGUGAGGUUGGCGAAUUCGAAAUCUAUGCGCCGUACAGUUAUUAUGGCAGCGAGGCAGGCGGUGAUGUAGCUACCGAUAUUAAUGAUAGUGUAUGGGGCAUACCAUCGGCCAUCAAACAUCGUGCAAAGGCUACAAAUCGUUUGCGCAUGCGCAAAGGUCGCAGUGUUGUACACAAAACCAUAGAGGACAAUUACACCGCAGUGGUCGUGGCAAAUCACGAAGCCUUAGCACAGGUGCUCGAUCAGCUCCAACAGACACCCGUCAUUCCACCCGCACUGCGUCCCCUAGCCAACGCCAUUAAUUUACGCUUUGAGGAUUUCACCAUACUGGAUGGCGCGCAAGCAUUUGUUGUCGGCAAGAAAGCCUUCCAUGCGGCACUCUGGACCACAGCGCCCGUCACCUUGGCGCUUUCGGCAGACUGUAAUCAGCUUUCAGGUGUUGGCGGUGAAUUGAAUCAGCUAUCGGGUGGCGUCUGUGGUGUACUUAAUCCAAUUACGGAAUUCUGUGAUUUGGUGCCCAGCUAUCACUUGCCGUUAAUGCCCUCGACAGCUGUGACCUUGUUACAGGCUACGAUUUCGGUACUGCCACGCUUGCAAUUGGACACGCUACAAUCGAUCGGCGCCAUACUCAAAGGCAAAUCGCAGGUGUUGGACAAAAGCAACUUCAAUUUCCGUGGUUCCAUACCGAAUUUGGCUGCUAGUGGAUUGAAGGAUAGCGCUACCAUAAAUACAUUACGGAAUGUGGUAUCUGUGCAAAAUCUGAGCACUUUGAACGAAGAGUCCUCGUUAGAGAAGUGUGGUAGCAGUUCGUUGGAGGCAGCCGGGGAUAGCGCUACAAUGCUGGGCAUGCCAGCAUUCGACGAUGUCAUGACACGUGAAGUGGCUUUUAUAAUGCUGCAGCUGGUGAAUGGCAUGAAGAAUUUGCAGGCCAAAGCGAUCGAGGAGAUGCCGCUGAGCUUAUCGAAUGUAGUUCUAUCCAAGGAUGUGGAGAAUAAGGAUGCGCAGGCACGUCUCUGCGUGUUACAAGGCAACAACAAUGACGAGGACGAACCCAUGGGUACACUCUGCAAAUGCGCACACAUCGCGCUCACCGAACUGCUGCCGCCAACUAAGGUUACGCCCAUUGUUGCCGAUAUAUUGUUGCAAGAACGCGCCGAAUCGCUAUCAAAAUCCAAAUCGGUACUGGAAUUUGUGCUUUGGGGUCCAUCAGAUGUGGUGCUUUCAGGUACGACUAAAGAACGUGAACUUGCAUUGCAACGUUGGUUGGAUCUAGAACGUGCCACGGUUCUACACGGUCUAGUGCGUACGCGUGUCGAGCUAACUGUCUACGAUGAAUGCCAUUUGAUGUUCUUGGUGCGUUCAACAGCAAAAAUGAUGAAUGAUGCGGCCAAAAUUGUAUGCAACUAUCAACAGCCAUUAGCCGAGCUGGGACAGCAACAACAGCAAGGGGAAUGAAGUGGUUAUUUUCGACUUGAGGGCGUUCGUUGCAAUACGAGUUUAGGAUUUACAUAUGUAAUGUAUACUUAAGUAAUAGAGGUUUUCAUGAUGUAAAUAUUAGAACAGAGAAACAAAUUAUCUGCGUAGUAACGUUAAUGGGAAGCUUAAAAGUUUCUAAACUUUUUCUCUGGUCCUUUUUGUAACAACUCGCUAAUCGAUUUCCAAAAUUCAAUUCAAGCAAAAUGUGCAUCCUAGCAAAAUUAAACCCACAGGCACUUUUCGAUUAGAUCGUAUAUUGUCGGUGAUACUGCAAUACGGUCUAUGGCGCCUGUUACACGAUCAAUACGGGUCGCGAUUGAUGGAUCUUAAAAUAUUGAUGAAUUGUGAGUGUGUGCUAAACGUUCAAUAUUUAUCGCGUCAGUAUUUGCAUAGUUCUUGUGGUGAACGCUUAUUAUGGCGCAAAAAAAAAUUAUUUUUUACCAAUAAUUUACAGGUAAUGGAAUGCAUUAUUAUAUAUAAUUCUUUAAAAAUUUGCAAUGUUAAUUUAAAUGCUUUAAAUUUACUUUGAAAAAUUUUAAGCGCCAAGAACAAAUACGUUUGCGAUGUUCGCAUUAUGAGAGUACAAGUUGUACUCACGAAAUGUAUGGAUCACGUUUUAAAUAUGCUACAACUUCAAUAUUUAUUUCGCGAUCCGCGAUCUGUGAUCCGGAUUCCUAGAUAUUUUACUAUCCGUAUCACGAUGUAUCAAUAUUUGAUGCUACACCUUCAAUAAAUAUCAAGAUCCUUAUAUUUGGAUGGCGAACCGUAAUGAUGGUGUGACAGGCACCUAUGUCAAUUAGUACCCUGUCUAUUAGUAAACUGUCAACUGUUCGUUGAAAAGAUGAACGAUUAACAGAAGCGAUACAGAGAUGACACGUCAUUUAUCACCGACGAUAUGCUGGAGACAUUGUAAAUGUUUCUCUAUUGUUACGCAACAUUUAUUUCGUACUAUAUUUUGGCCGUAAUUGUGUGCAACAUGAACUUAUAAAAACUACGACCACGAAAAAUUUAAACCGAAUUAUAAUUUCCGGCACCAUGUCGCCCAAACUAACAUUCGCUGCGCAAUAUUUAGUUUUCACGGAAAUGUUGCGAAGGAUUUAUAUUUAAAUUUUUUCAAAUCUUGAUAGCGUUAUUUCGCAAGAAAUACUAAUAAUCUAACAACGUCGGCUGCAAGCAACAUUGUUGCCGAGAAAAUAUUGUUAACAACAUGGUCUUAACCACUGUAUGCCAGCUGAAAAUUCAUUAAAAAUAUGCUCUCUAUAAAACUAAUAUUAUUUCGCAACUUUGACAACAUUAUUUACCGUCAUUCCGUUACAAAUUUGUGAAUAAAAAUUAAUUUUGAUGCCCGUUAAUUUACUUGGAAACAGCAUCGUGAAAACUAUUUAUAACGAAUAACAAAAACCGAAUCUUCAAACAGUUGUGUGCGUUUAAAAGAAA